AUAGGCAAGCACGAAUGUUGGCUUCCCAGCCCUGAAGGUGGCAAGAAGAAAAUGCGGCUAUUUCACGAAUCCUAAUAGAGUCCAGUAUGUCCCUCUGCUGCAUGAGUGCCCCUGCGUUCCCCAGGCACGUGGUCAAAGCCAAGUUGGUUGACCAAGUCUUCGUAGCAAAUGUUAGGCCGAUUAGUGAGGGCAAGCGAGAGGAAGUACCAGAACCACCCGCAGUUGAGAAAUUGUUGAAGGAGUUUGCUGAAGUGGGAGAGACCUCGAUUGGAGUAGUGGAAAGGGAAAUCAAGGACCGGAUAGAGAUAUAGAGCCUGGUAGUAGAUGUCUCCCAAAGAGCUCGACGAGCUGCGCAAGCAGCUCAAUGAACUGAUUGAUAGUUGCACCGCUGCGCUGAGGAAGGGGACAGUUUGGAAUUGGGACAAAGACUGCACCUCAACCUUCAAGAAAUUGAAGAAAUCAUUGAUCAAAUAUCCGCUCUUGAAAGUGGCUGACCCAUCACUUCCGUUUAUUGUCACGACAGACGCAAGCCAAUAUGGAAUUGGCGCCGUACUCCAGCAGAACGAUGGAGAAGGGUAUCAGCCCGUCGAGUUCAUGUCUUGUAGGUUGCCUAGUGAGAAGGUCGCUGCGUCGACAUUGCCACGUCGGACACAGUGCCACGUAAGCAGUGCCACAUCAGAAGUGCCACGUCAGCAGUGCCACAUCAACAACAUGACGGGCCUGCCAGGCCAACUGGCCAAUGAGCCCAUUGCCGACUACAAAAAGCGCUUCCAGGCUCAGCUCGCUGUAAUCGAGGCUGAGGAACAACGCCAGCUGGCAGCCAAGGCUGCCCAGCUACAGGCUGACGAAGUGGCAGCAGCAGAGAAGCUCCGGCUACAGGCCGAAGCAGAUGCAGAUGCCAAGGCUCGCUGCAAGGAAGCCCAAGAUCUGCUGCAGCGGCAUGAAGCCAGCAGCAUCGACAGACUCAAGUUCUCGCACUUUGAACCGAAUGGUGACGAGGCAACACCGGAAGAGCAGCAUGAGGAGUUCUUGGCCAAGCUAGUGACCAAGUUGGUUUACACGUGUAACCACCUACAGUCCGAGCUGGCGAACCUCCAGCGGGCCGUGCGGAACCAUAAGACUCAGCAUGAGGAUGCCACACGGGCACUGGACGCCCGUGUACAGGACUUGGAACAAGUUCCACCAAGACCAGAUGCUGGGGCUUCUAGCAGUGCAUCCUCUAGCCGCCAACUGGAGGAACGCGUUGACCACGUGGUGGUAAUGCUCGACGACAUCAGCACCUUCGCUGCGCCGACCACCAUCAGCAGUCAGCUGCAUACCUUGAAGACUGAGUUCCAGCAGCUGCAGUUCGACGACUACACGCAGCAGGAUCCGGUCCUCUGGUGGGAAGCAUUCACAACGCAACUCAGGAUUCUGCCCGUCGCCAAGCACGCGUACAUCGGCGCCCUGUUCAUGAACUCAAAGGGCGGAUGCCAGACCUGGUUGACCCACCUGGCAACCUCCCACGGCGUCGACGUACCGGACUUGAAGGACAAAAUCACAUGGGAGGAACUGACACGACUGUGGAAGAAGCGGUUCAUGGUCGACGACGCGCCAACACUCGCCAUCAACCGUCUGUUCACCAUGUCACAGGGCAACACCUUAACACGGGAUUGGCUCACGGAGUGGCAGAAGAUUGCGGAAGUGCCCAAUCUGGAAUUGGCAUUCACGCAUCUACACCGCGAGUUCAACAAUAGGUCUUGUGCGACAUUGAGCCAGGCUCUUGGUGAUCGCGAGCAGUACUCAACCUUCACUGAGAUCAUUGACAAGGCGAGGGAAAUCAUCAAGACCAACAGGUCAACUGCACACGAGAAGUCAACAUGGCAGCCGACCUAUGUSGAGAAGGUACGAACUGGUCCGCGACAGCAGCACUUCGCUGCAGUCCAGCAGGACAGUGGAGAUAACCCAGCAACCACUCCAGCAUCAAGUGACGGAAAUCAGGUGGUUGUUGUCCAGCCGCGAAGCAACAACAAGUCCCGCAACAAUGGGAAGGCGAAAUCCGCAUCGCAGGUCGGAAAUGGACAGCCAGUACAAGUUCCAUGGGUCAAGUUCGGCUUGACCGAGGCGGAGUACAAGCUCGAGAAACUGAGCUCCGCGGAAGGUGAGGCGACUCCACCUUCUACUCCGCCAGAUUCUGCAGCCUUGCUAGCGGCCUCCUGCACAUCUGGGGAGGAUGCGAAUGUCGCAAGUCCUCGGCAUACUUAUGAGGAUUAUGUUGUCCACUUGGUUCCACCGCUGGACCAACCGCUCCACGUGCAACAGUCUACCACAUGCACGGUUUCAUCACAAUCGGCAACCGAUUCGGCAGCUUCGCGGCCAUCUAUCGCCGGGGAUUCAUCGUCGUGGUCAAGACUUGAGGUGCUCGACCCACUGACGUUCACGGACGUCCAGUGGAUGCCCGUUCCCCCGACCGGACGAUUGUCGAAACCUCAUUGCAAUGUGCUCAUGGCACAACUGCGAGAUUACUUGCACACUGCAGGACCAGCUCUGUUGAUGGACGCCGGAGUAGAGACGAUCAGAAACGCAGGCCCUCUCYCACGCAUCGACGAUCUUCUCGAGCGACUGGGCGGCGCCAAGUUCUUCUCCAAGCUCGAUCUCAAGUCGGGAUAUCACCAACUCGAGAUUUGCAAGGAGGACCGUUACAAGACCGCGUUUAAGACGCGAUAUGGGCAUUUCGAAUGGAUGGUUAUGCCAUUUGGCCUUACGAAUGCCCCGACCACUUUCCAAGCACCUAUGACAACGAAGUUCCGACACAUGCUGGAUCGAUACGUACUUAUCUACCUCAACGACAUCCUGGUGUACAGCCGGAGUUUGGAGGAGCAUGUGGAACACCUGCGCACCGUUUUGGAGCGGCUACGACAAGCCAAGUACAAGGCCAACCGCGACAAGUGCGAAUUCACACGACAGGAGCUGGAGUACUUGGGACAUUAUGUGACGCCGCACCCUGAUGCAUUCUCGCAAAGACCUGAUCUUUGCGCUAUGACACAUCAUGCCUUCGCAUUCGACGAGGAGCUUCAGCGACACUUCAUCCGGGCAUACGAGUCUGAUCCGGACUUCGCCACGCUGUAUGCACAACUAUCUUCGGAUCACCCGCCGGCCAGCCACUWUYGCAUUGCCGACGGGUACUUGCUCCUCCACUCGAGAGGCAAGGAUUUACUAUGUGUCCCACGCGACCGCCAUCUUCGGACUCGCCUCCUCGGCGAGUAUCAUGAUUCACGACUCGCCGGCCAUUUCGGAGUCAACCGCACUAUUGCACGGCUUCGAGAGCGAUUCCGCUGGCCCGAUCUCAUUAGCGAUGUCACUCAGUAUUGUGACUCUUGCGAAGUUUGCCGACGCAGCAAGCCCCGCAACCGCAAUCCCUACGGCGAGUUACACCCGAUGCCUAUCCCACGGGUAGCUGGUUUCUCCAUUGCCAUGAACGUCGCCGGUCCGUUUCCCCGCGACCGGCUCGGGCACGACACCAUCCGUAUGGUUGUGGACCCAUUGAUCAGCGUCCGCGGCACUCAUUUCAUGUCAGCAUUUUGGACUGCGCUCAUGCAGGAGUUUGGCACGACGAUGAAACCAAGUUCGGCUCGGCAUCCACAUACAAACGGGCAGACGGAGCGGGCACAUCAAACCGCUCAAAUGAUGCUUCGUACGCUCAUCCGUCCGGACCAGAAAGAUUGGGUUGACCGCCUCCCCGAUAUCGAGUUCGCCUACAACACUUCGGUGCAUCUGGCGAUCGGCGUGACUCCAUUCGAGUUACACCACGGUGGACGGAAAGGCCGGAUCUUCGCCGACCUUCUCCUCCCUCGAUCAGCCGACAUCGACGCUGCCCGCUCUCCCGCUUUCGUCCGGAAGUACAGGGUAUUGCUGACUCAAGCACGCUCAAACAUGCAAAAGGCUCAAGUCUGCAUGCAGCAGCAAGCCAACAGGCAUCGCGUACCAUGUGCCAUCCGCGCCGGUGAUCUGGUUUGGGUCUCCGCGGAAGAGUUUGCACUAGAACAGGAUGUUUCACGCAAACUGCUUCCCAAGUGGUUUGGACCUUGGUCUGUGACAGCAGCCGCGGGCGAUGAGCCUGAUGGCCCUUCAUUUGUGAUCAACAUUCCAGAGCAUCUGACGGUCCAUCCGGUCUUCCACGCCUCGAAGCUGGCAACAUACACGCCUGCCAUUCUGGGCCGACGAUCGCAGGACCCUCCUUCUUUGGAUGGUCAUCAGGAAGUUAACCGCGUCAUCACCGAUCGCAAGUACGGCAGCAAGCCGCGGCAGUACAAAGUCACAUUCAAAGCAUGCGAUCGCGACGACACUCGGUGGAUUUCAGGCGCAGAUUUGAAAGCAUCCGCACCGCUGAUCUACGCGCAUUAUGAAAAGCGGAGGUUAGCUCAGGAAGCUUGACGACCAGCCCCUCCCAGCUUCAUGACCAGCCCCUCCCACUUGGAUUGUGGUCCCUCCCUCAGACAGACAGCUUCUCCCUCGCAGUUCUGGGAUUCUGUCGUUAAGUUCUAUAAAUC